ACGUUGUUUGCGACCAACGACUAAUAUCAUAAUAAACCCUUUGCGGUGACACACCACGUCGUCUGUCUCACAUUUGUUUAAGCAGAAGGUGCAGAAAAGUGUCCUGAGCUUGAGGAAUUUAUUAAAAUAAAUCCUUUUUCGAUAGUAGUUCGAGGAUAUUGCAUAAAAAUAUGGCUCUAAAGUUGACGGCUAAUGUUGCCAAUCCCCCAAUCAGUGGAUUGGCAACAGCUCAUUUAAUUAAUGACACCGUGGCUGUUGAAAUUAUUUGGGGCAAUGAAACCUCCUUGUUGUAUCCUGAUGGCCGGCGUUUGAUAUGCCACUCCAAUAAUGAUGUGUUGCGUGCCUUGGCCAGAGCUGCUCCAGCCUACAACUUGUAUGGUGAGACUGCCAUUGAACGCACACAAAUCGAUCAUUGGCUUUCAUUUUCGCUCACCUGCGAAGAUGACAUCUCCUGGGCCAUGGGAUUUUUGGAAAAGUCCAUUGCCCCUGUCACGUAUUUGGUAGCCAACAAGCUGACCAUUGCCGACUUUGCCUUAUUCAAUGAAAUGCAUUCACGCUACGAAUUUCUGUCGGCUAAGGGCAUUCCUCAGCAUGUCCAAAGAUGGUAUGAUUUGAUAAGUGCCCAGCCUCUUAUUCAAAGAGUCUUGCAAUCUCUACCGGAUGAGGCCAAGGCUUCAGCCAAACGUGUAAAUCGUUCGAAGAAUUCCAAGGAGUCGUCGCCCGCUGUAGCAGAAAAGUCAAACCAACGUAAGCAGGAGGGUAAAUUUGUGGAUCUACCAGGAGCUGAAAUGGGCAAGGUGGUGGUGCGCUUCCCCCCAGAAGCUUCGGGAUAUUUGCACAUUGGUCAUGCCAAAGCUGCUUUGCUUAAUCAGUACUAUGCCCAAGCUUUUGAGGGCACCUUGAUAAUGCGCUUCGAUGACACGAAUCCAGCAAAGGAAACUGUGGAAUUCGAAAAUGUUAUCCUGGGUGACUUGGAAUUGCUCAAUAUUAAACCUGACAUCUUUACACAUACGUCCAAUUACUUUGAUUUGAUGUUGCAAUAUUGUGAGCAACUGAUCAACGAAGGCAAGGCGUAUGUAGACGAUACACCUCCUGAGCAAAUGAAGGCGGAACGUGAUCAAAGAAUGGAAUCUAAAAAUCGUUCGAACGAUCCUGCCAAGAAUAUGGAAAUGUGGAAGGAAAUGGUAAACGGCACAGAGUUUGGUCAAAAAUGUUGUGUGCGAGCCAAAAUUGAUAUGUCAUCGGCCAAUGGUUGCAUGCGUGAUCCCACAAUUUAUAGAUGCAAAAAUGAACCUCAUCCCAGAACUGGCACCAAAUACAAAGUCUAUCCCACUUAUGAUUUUGCUUGUCCGAUUGUUGAUGCCAUUGAAAAUGUUACACAUACCUUGCGUACCAUGGAGUAUCAUGAUCGUGAUGAUCAAUUCUAUUGGUUCAUUGAUGCCUUGAAAUUGCGCAAGCCCUACAUCUGGGAAUAUAGCCGCUUGAAUAUGACCAAUACAGUAUUGUCUAAACGAAAAUUAACCUGGUUUGUAGAUUCAGGCUUAGUGGAUGGGUGGGAUGAUCCUCGUUUCCCCACAGUUCGUGGCAUCGUUAGACGUGGCAUGACUGUUGAAGGCUUGAGAGAAUUCAUUAUUGCUCAGGGCUCUAGUAAAUCUGUGGUCUUCAUGAAUUGGGACAAAAUAUGGGCUUUCAAUAAGAAGGUCAUUGAUCCCAUUGCUCCUCGUUACACCGCCUUGGAAUACGAUAAUCGUGUCAUUGUUAAUGUUGCCGGAGCUAAAAAGGAAAAGAUCGAAGUACCUGUACAUCCCAAAAAUGAAUCAUUGGGCAAAAAGACUGUCACACUGGGACCACAAAUCUACAUUGACUAUGUGGAUGCUGAAGCUUUAAAGGUUGGCGAAAAUGCCACCUUCAUUAACUGGGGCAAUAUUAUGAUCAAUAAGAUCAACAAGGAUGGCUCUGGCAAAAUUACUAGUGUGGAUGCUGCCUUGAAUUUGGACAAUAAAGAUUUCAAGAAGACCCUUAAACUCACCUGGUUGGCUGUUGAAGACAAUGCCGAAGACUAUCCACCUACAUAUUGUGUUUACUUUGACAAUAUCAUUAGUAAGCCUGUAUUGGGCAAAGAUGAAGAUUUUAAGCAAUAUAUUGGCCAUAAAACGCGCGAGGAACAAUUGAUGUUGGGAGAUCCAGAAUUGAGGAAAUGUAAAAAGGGUGAUAUUAUUCAACUGCAACGUCGUGGUUUCUUCAAGGUUGAUAAUGCCUAUGCUCCACCUAGUGCUUACUCGAAUGUUGCCUCUCCCGUUAUAUUGUUUUCUAUACCCGAUGGUCAUACCAAGGAUAUGCCAUCGUCGGGUUUGAAGAUAAAUGCGGAAGUUGCUAAUGAUGCCAAUAAAGCGACUGUUCCAAACGGCGAUUCAUCCUCGAAAGCCAGUGAUUUGGAUCUACUCAUUUCAAAACAAGGCGAUAUUGUAAGAGAUUUGAAAUCCAAAAAGGCAGAUAAAGCCCAAGUUGACGUUGAAGUUAAGAAGCUUUUGGCCCUAAAGGCUGACUAUAAAACUGCAACGGGUAAGGAUUGGAAACCUGGACAGACCCCUGCAGCCACAACUGCUGCUACAGCAACUAGUGCCACUCCUGCUGCUGCUCCAGCUGCUACAAAUGCUGUAUCCGUUAAUGAACAAAUUAUCAAACAAGGUGAUUUGAUACGUGAACUGAAGGCUAAGAAGGUGCCUAAAGCAGAACUUGAUCCGCAAGUGAAAAUUCUGUUGGACUUGAAGGCUCUGUUUAAGAAAUUAUCGGGACAAGAUUGGAAGCCUGGCGUCUCUGUGCCCGCGGCUGCUGCUGCUGCUCCUACUUCGAAUGCUAACGCCUCUGUGGAUGAGAUUCUGAAUAAAAUCACCGCCCAAGGCGAUAAAAUAAGACAGUUGAAAACCCAAAAAGCUAAUAAAUCGGCCAUUGAUCCAGAGGUUAAGACUCUGUUGAAUCUUAAGGCUGAAUAUAAGAACUUAACUGGAGAGGAGUGGAAACCCGGCUGUGUGGCUCCUGUUGUUGUCAAGAAGGAAAAGAGCCCCGACCAGCCUGCUGCCAGUGUUGUUGCUGAACUAUUGAAAAAAAUUCAAGCUCAAGACAAUCUCCUUAGUCAAUUGAAGGUUAAGGGAGAUAACGCUAAAGUUGGUCCUGCAAACACAUUGCUACUCGCCUUAAAAGCUGAUUAUAAAAGCCUUACUGGUCAGGAGUGGAUGCCCAGCGGCCCUGUAAAAUCCGUAGUUAUUGAUUUAACUUCUGAUAGUUCCUCUUCAUCAGGGGUAGCCAAGAUUCUUGAAAAUAUAAAAGAUCAGGGAGACAAGAUACGCAAAUUAAAAUCCGAAAAGGCUGGCAAAAGCAUCAUAGAUACCGAAGUCAAGACUCUGUUAGCUUUAAAGGGCGAAUACAAAUCGCUUACCGGUAAGGAGUGGACUCCUGACGCUAAAGUAGAAACAGUUAAACAAGAAUCUGUUAAAAUGUCUUCGCCAGUCACCGAAAAGGAUUUGCUUACCAAGGAAAUCACCGAACAAGGUGAUAAGGUGCGAGUAGCAAAGGCCAACAAAGCCCCCAAAGAAGAGGUGGAUGCUGAGGUGGCCAAGCUUUUGGCUUUGAAGGCAAGAUAUAAGGAAGUCACAGGUACUGAUUUCCCUGUUGCUGGACGCUCAGGUGGUGGUUCUGCCAAAAAAGCACCUCAAGAGAAGAAGGACACUCCCAAGCCUGCCAAACCAGCGAAAAAAGAACCUGAAGCUGCCAGCGGCGCGGUGAAAAAGCAAACCCGUUUAGGCUUGGAGGCAACCAAGGAAGAUAAUUUACCCGAAUGGUAUUCUCAAGUUAUUACGAAAGGCGAACUUAUCGAGUAUUACGAUGUCUCAGGCUGUUAUAUCUUACGCCACUGGUCAUUUGCCAUUUGGAAAUUCAUAAAGACCUGGCUGGAUGCUGAAAUCACAAAAAUGGGUGUCAAAGAAUGUUACUUCCCCAUAUUUGUAUCGCGAGGAGCUUUGGAAAAGGAAAAAACUCAUAUAGCUGAUUUUGCUCCCGAAGUAGCCUGGGUAACAAAAUCCGGCGACUCCGACUUGGCCGAACCCAUUGCCGUACGCCCCACCUCUGAAACAAUCAUGUAUCCUGCCUAUGCUAAAUGGAUUCAGUCCUAUCGCGAUUUACCCAUACGCCUUAAUCAAUGGAACAACGUUGUGCGCUGGGAAUUUAAUCAUCCUCAACCUUUUCUGCGCACACGUGAAUUUUUAUGGCAAGAGGGCCAUACCGCCUUUGCCAGUAAGAGUGAAGCCGACAAAGAAGUUUUAGAUAUUUUGGAAUUGUAUGCCCAAGUCUAUACAGACUUGCUGGCCAUACCGGUGGUGAAGGGACGAAAAACAGAGAAGGAAAAAUUUGCCGGCGGUGAUUAUACCACAACAGUAGAAGCCUACAUUUCAGCUUCCGGCAGGGCAAUUCAAGGUGGCACCAGUCAUCACUUGGGUCAAAACUUCUCGAAAAUGUUUGAAAUUGUCUAUGAAGAUCCAGAAACGCAACAAAAACAAUAUGUCUAUCAAAACUCAUGGGGUUUGACGACAAGAACCAUAGGUGUUAUGAUUAUGGUUCAUGCUGAUAACCAAGGUUUAGUUUUACCACCCCAAGUUGCCUGCAUUCAAGCCAUCGUUGUACCCUGCGGAAUUACAGUAAAUACCAAGGAUGAGGAAAGAGCCGAAUUGUUGGAUGCUUGCAGGGCUUUGGAGAAACAAUUGUGCUCGAGUGGGGUGCGCUGUGAAGGCGAUUACCGUGAUAACUAUUCUCCAGGCUGGAAAUUCAAUCACUGGGAAUUGAAGGGAGUACCUCUGCGCAUUGAAUUGGGCCCCAAAGAUAUGAAAGCCAAACAGAUUGUGGCAGUGCGCCGAGAUACCGGAGAGAAACUAGUUUUGCCCAUGGAAAAUAUUGAGAAGAAAAUCAAUGAACUUUUGAAGACCAUACACAACAGCAUGCUGGCGAAGGCGCAAAAGGAAUUGGACAGUAGCAUUAAACAUACUAAAGAUUGGAAUGAUUUUUGUACAUUUUUGGAUCAAAAGAAUUUGCUUUUGUCUCCCUUCUGUGGGGAAAUACCUUGUGAGGAUAAAAUUAAGGCUGAUAGUGCACGCGACGAAGAUGCCGAACCUGGUGCUCCCGCCAUGGGUGCCAAAUCUUUAUGCAUACCUUUUGAUCAGCCUGCUACAAUUUCCGCUGCUGACAAGUGCAUUCAUCCCGCUUGCACGAAUAAACCUAAAUUCUAUACUCUCUUCGGCCGCAGCUACUAAAAGCCCAACGACCCAACCGAUGCACUUUUGAUGACUUCCUAAUAUUUUGUGUUUCGACUCUCUCUCCAGUUUGUGUAAAUUAAUAUAUAGCCCGUAUCGAUAUUUAUGAUCAGACCAUAAUCACAAUUUUAUUUAAUAAAACAAAUUUGUUUUCACAA